AGGUAGAUACCACUGUACUGUUUCAAUUAACAACACUCAACGUUGACUAAACCUCCCAGAUAUGGGUCAUUUAUUAAUGGAAUGUAUUCAUAUUGUUUACAUGGCUGACGUGUACUUUGUGUGGUUUUCUUAUACAACUGGGACCUGUAUCCGCCCUGCGUAAGAGAAAUGGCUUGGGUGUCCAGACCAGGCUCAGGGAAGGCUGUCAUCCUGACCCAGGAUAAGAAAUGCUCUCUUACGUAAGACUGUGUAAUUCGUGGUGGAGUGGGGUGGAUAGACGUGUCUCCUAACCUGUCUGUACCGGAUGGCAUCAGGCCAUAUCGAGGAUUGAAGGACUCUGGCGGAAGCAUCACACUGUCUGGGUCAAUGUAGGUGGCCUACACGCAGGAGUGUUCCUCCUCAAACAGACCGCAGGGAUCUUUGGCCAAACCCCAGAAGACGUCCAGGAAGCACUAGAAGAAAAAGCAGCAAAGGAAAAGGAGGAUAAGUUGCCAAGUCAGAGAAAGAGCCACCUUUAGACAAAGGAGUUAUUCCAUGGUUAGGCCAUGCCCUUGAGUUUGGAAGAGAUGCUGCCAAGUUUCUAACCCGUAUGAAGGUGAAGCAUGGUGAUAUCUUCACGGUGCGUGUGGCUGGGCGCUAUGUGACAGUGCUGCUGGACCCCAACUCUUAUGAUGCUGUGAUAGAGGACUCUGUGUCCCUGGACUUCACACGCUACGCACAGGUUCUCAUGGACAGAAUCUUCAGCCUGCGGCUCCCCAAUCACAACCCUGCUGUAGAGAAGGCCAUGAUAAAACAGCACUUUGAGGGCGAGAGCCUGUCCUGCCUCAGCAGCACCAUGCACCACCACCUCCAGUCCCUGCUGCUGCAAGCCCAGAGGCCCUGUCACAACCAGACCGACUGGAACACGGACGGGCUGUUCAGCUUCUGUUACAGUUUUCUCUUCAGGGCAGGGUACCUCACACUUUUCGGAGGGGAGCAGAACAACAACAGAACAGACCCCUCUGACGUCUAUGAGGAGUACCGCAAGUUUGACAACCUCCUGACCAAAAUGGCCAGGACCACACUGAAACCAGAGGAGAAGCGGACCGCCCAGAAGGUGAGGGGGCGUCUGUGGGAGCUGUUGGCCCCGGUGGGGCUGGGAGAGGGCUCCGGGUCCAGCCCCUGGCUGAGAGGCUACAGGCACCUUCUGCAAGAAGAGGGCACUGACGAGGAGACUCAGAGGAGAGCCCUGCUGCUGCAGCUCUGGGCCACACAGGGUAACGUUGGACCUGCUGCAUUUUGGCUGUUGGGUUUCCUGUUGACAAACCCUGAGGCCAUGAGGGCGGUGAGGAGAGAGUUCAGCAGCAUCUCCGAGCAGGACUCUGCACAGUGUCCCCUACUGGACCGGCUGCAGCACACGCCUGUGUUUGACAGUGCCUUAGAGGAGACGCUGAGGCUCAGUGCUGCCCCCUUCAUCACCAGAGAGGUAGUGCAGGGAAAGACCCUGCACAUGGCCAAUGGGCAGGAGUACCAGCUCAGGAGGGGGGACAGAGUGUGUCUGUUCCCCUUCAUUAGCCCUCAGAUGGAUCCUGAGAUCCACCAGGAACCACAGAGAUUCAAGUACGAACGCUUCCUCAACCAAGACGGAUCUGUGAAGAAGGACUUCUUUAAAGGAGGGAGACUGCUCAAGUACUACACCAUGCCAUGGGGCGCAGGCACCAACGGCUGUGUGGGCAAACGCUUUGCCAUCAGCUCCAUCAGACAGUUUGUGUACCUGGUGCUGUCUCAUCUGGAUCUGGAGCUGUGUGACUCAGAGGCUCAGAUGCCAGAGGUGAACACCAGUCGCUUUGGGUUUGGAAUGUUGCAGCCUGAAGGAGACCUGGCCAUCAGAUAUAAACCUAGACAUUCACAUUGAAGACAGGGUGUUGAUCUCUCAAACCAGAAUAAUUUCAAAAUGUUAAUGACAUAUGUCCAUAUAAUGUCUUGUAUCUAUUUUUGUAUCAGCACAAAUGUACAGUGUAAUGUUAUUUAUCUUUAAUUGGAAUGUAUAUAUUUCACUUUAAAAUAAUCAUUUCAUAACAAUAACAUAUUAUUUUUGUUCUAGACUAUUUUGUUUGUAAAAUAAGUUGUAUCAAUGAUUAACCUGGCUCCAUAAAACCAGCUUCAAGUGUUUAAAGUGCAUUACAUAUACACUAUUGCACCACCUCAUUAGUAAAACAUUUUCACAACAUAACAUACAUUUGGAGCUUAUCCCAGUGAUUAAAUAGUGUUCCAAAUCCCCUCCAGUCCCAUGAUGGUUGUGGCCAUUGCAUCAGGGAACUAUUUGGUGGAUGCUUUGAGAGUAAUUGGGCAGCUGGUGCUCUUUAAACAGAUCAAACCACACAUUUGUCACACUAACCAUGUUUCCAUCCACAGUAUUUAUGA